GGCAUGUUAGCAAGGUAUAAAUUACAGCAACCCCGGGGUCGACUCCACACGUAGCAUUGUGAGGCCAUUGUCAAAGUACAAAGAUCAAGCACUCGAGACUAACUUUGUUUUGUGCUGAGCCAGAGCAUACAAAAAAGCCGGCUCCUGUCUUGCAAUGCAGCUUAAAAUCAAACAAAUCAUAGAGGCAUGUGCAAGAGGAUCCUACCUUGGAAGUCUCUCUUGAAUUCUAGCAGCGAAGAACUGUUCCUACCACUGAGGUGAAUUAUGAAAGGAUUCAGUGAUCCCCAGGGAGGCUUGCAGACAGGCACAACUCCUGCCAGCAUCCUGCUGCCCACUGAGCUGCUCCUGUGAACACGCACAAAUGGAACUCGGCUGCUGUGUGAGCAAAAGCGAACCAGACCCAGGCAAAAUGAACAUUCAAGAGUAUUUUGCAAGAAUUUCUUACGAUGGCUCCCACAAGGAUGCAGACUUGCAAACCUUAACAGCCAUCUUCCAGCAUCACAUCCAGGCGAUUCCUUUUGAAAACCUCAGCAUGCAUUGUGGGGAGACCAUUGAGCUGGAUUUACAAUCUAUUUACAAUAAGAUUGUGAGAAAGAAACGUGGUGGAUGGUGCCUGGAAAGCAACUACCUUUUAUUCUGGGCCUUGCAAGAAAUAGGGUAUGACAUUUGUAUUCUUGGAGGAAAUAGUUAUGAUCCAGCAGAGAAGGCAUACACUGCUCACAUAAAUCAUAUCCUGCUGAAGGUGGAGAUCAAGGGAAGCUCCUACAUCGUAGAUGCUGGCUUUGGCGGUGCCUAUCAGGCAUGGCAGCCAGUGAUGCUGAUUUCUGGGAAGGAUCAACCCCAGAUCCCUGGCAUCUUCCGCUUCAGGGAAGACAACGGCAUCUGGUACUUUGAGAAAGUCAAAAGGAAGCAUUAUAUUCCUAAGGAAAGCGACCCUCCCACUAAUACAACAGAAAUGGGCAAUAUCAGAAAAAUAUAUUCAUUCACUCUUAAGCCACGCCAUAUAGAUGACUUCCAGGAGCUAAACACAUACCUACAAGUGUCUCCAGAUAACAUACUUCGGAAGAAGUCAAUCUGCACCCUCCAGACCACUGAAGGGAUUUAUGCCUUAGUUGGGUGGACCUUCACGGAGAUGAAGUACAACUACAUGGAGGACACGGACCUCCUGCAGAUCACAACUCUUACAGAUGAAGAGGUUGAGAAGACACUGAAAGAAAAAUUCAAUAUAGUGCUAGAAAACAAACUGGUACCAGUAAAUGUUCGUGGCUUGCCACCUAAUAUAGUGGAUAUGAUCUAAUUCUAAAUAGCGCUAGAUGGAUCUUUAAAUUUCCAA